AUGGCCGCCAUGGCUUCGCACCACAAGGCGUCGAUCCCGCACCCCUCUGACACUGACACUGUCUCUGUUUCGUCCGAGCUCGACACCACGCAUCGCCAGCCGCCCUUGUCGUCCAGUGCCAGCCUACCGACUGUUGCCUCUGCCGCCUCGAUUCAGCUAGACGACGAGCUAGACUAUCUCGUCGACGACCAGUUUCAUCACCGUUUCCCAGAGUACCACCAUCACCAUCGACACGCCUCCCACUCCCAGACGCACCACGACGCUCGCUACUCCAUCACCGGCUCGUCUGCCUCUACGACUCCCUCCCCCCAUCGCUCUCGCCUCAAGUCUAUCGAGAGCAACGCCAGUGCUGCCACGAGCGUCUACUCGUCUCGCUCCUCACACCCUCCUCGGACCUCCUCGCUCUCCCACUCCUCCUCCUCCGUGCCUCCGCUCUUUGCAUCCACUGCUCGCGUUGCCAGUCCCAUCAAGAGGAAACCGUUGUCUGCCACGGCCUCAUCCCUGGCAACUGCGUUUCAGAGAUCCUCGACCGCCUCGUCAACCGUCGCCAGCUCCGUCAUCACCCCAGACGUCCCUCCGUUGCCUCACGGAGCAGCUACUGCGACAGCGACACCCACGACCACUGCUACUCCUGUAACCGCCCACUCGCUCAAGUCUUACGAGAGCUCCCAAGAGACGACCCGUCCUUCCACUGCUGUCUCGUCACACACCAUCGGUCUCCCAGAGCCUGAUACGCGCUUCGCACGACCAACAUCUGUCGACAGUCCCACCCUCUACCACUUUCCUUCCGCGGCACCAAUAGGACGCCUACACGCAUUCCACAUAUCCCGGGACCAAGUUUUACAACCCGACUCGAUCGAAGCCUCCGCUGACUCCGAUCUCUCUGACGUUCUCUCCAUCUACGCAGGGGUCGAGUCAGUGCCCACCCCGGAUGCUUCUUCGCCAGCUACUCACGCAAACCCCCUAACGCGCCACGACUCGUACGACGGCCUUGACCGGAAGUGUUCCGACUCUACCACUACCGAUUCAUCGACUCUCAUGUUUGCGCCCAAACCGACGCCUCCCCACCUCAAGUUGGACACUGUGGAUACGUCACCUUCUGUCGACUCCGAUCACAACUCGGAUCGCGCCGCUUCGGACCCAGACUCUCCUACGCCCGCUCCCAAACUGAACAAACCUUUACCAAGGUCACCUGGCCAAAUUUCUCCAUUUUCUGCCCUCUUUAGCUGGGGCAACGGUAACAACCCAACCGCCGCCGACUUCUCACCCAUCCCAUCACCAGAGACCCCUACUCGCCGUGGUGGACUGUUAAAUGAUUCCUCUCGUCCGCCGCCGUCGAGUGCGUUACCCAGAGAUCAAAAGACUAAUGCUGCCGUCGCCAACCCACUCGGCUAUUGCGAAACACAACUUUCUACUCCGCCGCCUCUCGUUGCCGCCUCGUAUAUCCAUCUAGAAGAAAUGGAGGACGAGCUCAAGGCCAUCAGCUCUGAGCUGGCGGGCUCGAUCCGUCGAGAGAUAGACUUGGAGGACCUAGUGGACCGUCUACAAGAGCAGGCCAACAAUGCCCAGGCUGGUGGCAAGCGCACCAGCGAUUACUUUUCCGACUCGGGCUACAGCUCUGCCAAGCUCAGUGAUUUUGACCAAUCUCGUGACGAGAUUGAAAAGAUUCAGCGUCGAUCCGAACAGGAGAAGGCAUCGCUACGACUGGAACUAACAAAUAAACUUCAAGAUGAGCGCCAAAAAAUCAAGUCCCUCGACCAGCAAGUCAAGGAGCUCGCCGAGAGAGCCUCUCGGAUUGACCUUGCGGAGAUUAACAAUCUGGAUGUCAACGGCCGCCUAAGAGAACUCGAAAACACCUGCGAAGAGCUUCGAAGGAAGCUUGUUGAAGAGCGCUCCUCCAAGAGCAACUUUGAGGACUUGCUCAUAGCCCUUAAGGGUGAGCUAAGCAACGCCUGCAGUGAGCGUGAUAAUUUGCGUGAAGAAAUUGUUCCUCAGCUGCGCGCUCGAGUCGAGGGGCUCGAGGCCGAAGCCGCUAGCCACGCUAGCUUAACAUAUGAAUCUACAAAGAUGCAGCACCAGCUGCAAUCCUUACAAAAGGAGAACUCAUCUCUCCGGGACUCUGCCGCCGGCCUCGAGGAUAUUGCUUCACGUGGCGGACUCUCAAGAUCAGACUCCUUGUUUCGAAACCAGAAACCGCCCGUCUCCAGGAGCGAUAGCGUUGCCAAUAAGAACGCCCCCGCUGAGUCUCGCGAGGCCCUUGCCGAGCGUCUAAAAGACGUCGAAGCCCAGCGUGACGCCCUGCACAGCGCGCUCAAGAAUCUGCUGGAGCGCCAAGAAUUCCAGAACCGCGAAAAUCAAAAGAAGAUUAAUAUUCUUGAAAACGAGCGCCAACGACUGCUCUCCGAAUCGCCCCAAAAGGCCGGCUUCGAAAAGGAUAUUUCCAACCUCCGCACAGAAGUCAAUGUUUUGCGCCGCCGCGCCGAGGAGGCCAUGGAACAGAAGUGGCAGGUUGAAAAGGGCCUUGGUGGCUUAAAGAUGGACCUUGAUAGGGCUGAGGAAGAAGUCACCUCCCUGCGCAGCAUGCUCAAGGAGAACGAUAUUCUCACCGCUCGCACUGCGAGCUCCGCUGCUGAUGCCAGCGUCACCUCUGAGGAGCUUGAGAAUGCCUACAAGGCACUGCAGGCCCAGUAUAACGAGUCUCUUGAGCGCCUCAAGAAGCUCGAAGACGGUGUUCCAGGCGACGAAAGGACGAAGCAGGCUCUCCAGCGCCUCGAAAACUCCCUCAAUGCUGCUCUGUCUGAGCGCGAUAUAGCCCGCAGCGACGCCAACACCCUUCAGAGCCAGUAUAACGAGUUGGCCAGCUCCUCGUCCAAGACUCUGGGCUCGGAGCAUGCCCUUGCCGACGAACUUGGUGAGUCUGUCGCCCGGGUCGAGCAGCUUGCCUCUCAGGUCCGCUCGCAGCUCGCCACCAACUUUGAGCUGCGCCAGCGUCUUAGUGACGCCGUCACUCGCAGCGAAGCAGACCGAAAGGCAAACUCGGAUCGUAUUGCUGGCCUGCAGGAGCGCUUGCAUAGUUUGGAAGAGCAGCUAGUGGUAGCCCAAACCUCAUCCGAUGAGCGCGUUGCUCAUCACGAGGACGAAGUCAAGAAGCUCAAGGAGGCUCACAACGAACAGCUCCGCCGGGUGCACGAGGGUGGCAGCGUCGGCAUCGUUGGUCCCCGCAAGGGCUCCCUGCUGAACCCGGCCAACAGCAUGUUUAAUCGUGCUGGCAAUGCCCUUCCUCCCAAGAACCUCGAAGAGGAAGUUGAGAUUGAGAAGCUCCGUGCCCGCGUGGCGGAAUUAGAAAAGGCCCUCGCGGAUGCCGAUAACGAGAUGCAAGAGGUGAUUAAUAAGAUGAGCACCGCACAGAUUGAAGUCAUGAACUUGCAAGAGGAGCGCGAGGUUGCUGUUCGUGAGACCAGACGCCUCGAAAGCAUGCUGAAACAGGAACAGACGAGUCCGUUUGCUGGGCGCCUGAGAGCACUUGCUGUUGAGCUCAUUCUCUUCUUAUACCUGGACGGCGGCAUCGGAUUGCUUUUUCCCUCUUUGGCGCUGAAGGAUGUGCCUCUUGGCCAGGUCUUUGCCUGCUCCUUGAUUGUUCUUGACAUCAUAUCGGGAUGA